UUUUAGUGUUGAUAAAAAACGCAUCUCUUUUCCGGUCCUGAAUCUCAUCUUAAAACCCUAAUCUUCAAACACAAAAUCCCCAAAAACCAAAGAUCUCUAAGCCAAAUAUUUCCACAACUUGAGCUAAGAUGCCGAACCUCGAAUGUCGUAUGUACGAAGCCAAGUAUCCGGAGGUGGAUAUGGCGGUGAUGAUACAAGUAAAGAACAUCGCCGACAUGGGUGCGUACGUUUCGCUCCUUGAAUACAACAACAUCGAAGGCAUGAUCUUGUUCUCGGAGCUCUCCCGCCGUCGGAUUCGUAGCGUCAGCAGUCUAAUCAAGGUCGGACGAACCGAGCCCGUCAUGGUCCUACGUGUUGACAAGGAAAAGGGUUACAUCGAUUUGAGUAAGAGGAGAGUUAGCGAGGAAGAUAUUCAAGCUUGUGAAGAAAGGUAUAAUAAGAGUAAACUUGUUCACUCUAUCAUGCGACAUGUUGCCGAGACUUUGGAUAUCGAUUUGGAGGAAUUGUACGUUAAAAUCGGUUGGCCUCUAUACCGGAAAUAUGGUCAUGCUUUUGAGGCUUUCAAAAUCAUUGUGACCGAUCCUGAUUCUGUCUUGAACACCCUCACCUGUGAAGUAAAAAAACCCGGCCCUGAUGGGCAAGAGGUGACUGAAGUGGUUCCUGCUGUGACGGAGGAAGUCAAAGAUGCUUUGGUGAAAAACAUUAGGAGAAGAAUGACCCCCCAACCUUUGAAGAUUCGGGCUGAUAUUGAAAUGAAAUGUUUCCAGUUUGAUGGCGUUCUUCACAUCAAGGAGGCCAUGCGCAAAGCUGAGGCUGCUGGGAAUGAUGAUUGUCCUGUUAAAAUCAAGCUUGUUGCUCCUCCACUUUAUGUUCUUACCACUCAAACUCUUGACAAGGAGCAAGGUAUAACUAUCCUCAGUAAAGCAAUUGCAGCUUGCACUGAAGCAAUAGAGCAUCACAAGGGUAAACUUGUUGUCAAGGAGCAGCCUAGAGCCGUGAGCGAGCGAGAUGAUAAACUGCUGGCUGAGCACAUGGCUAAGUUGCGGAACGAUAAUGAAGAGGUGAGUGGAGAUGAAGAUAGCGAAGAAGAGGAAGACACAGGCAUGGGAGAAGUUGAUGUUGAGAAUGCAGGUCAUGGGAUAAUGGAAUAGCGGUGCUUCUUCAUACAGGGAGAAAGGAUAAUUAUCAAUUUUGUUUUGACCAAAACUUAUUGCAAUUGGCCUCAUCUCAUGGAUAGUUGUAAACCUCUGAGGAAAGCAUUUUGUGUUGUUGAGUUGGGUUUUCUAAUUUACGGUAUAUUUAAGCAAAGUUUAAUGGAGUAUACAGAUGGAUGACCUAUUGGUUCUCUAGUAUUAAAUAUCUUGAGACGGUGGUGCUCUCGUUGAGUUCCUUCUGCUGGAUUUUUCUUUUCUUUUUUUUUUGUGAAUUUGAAUAAUGCAAAUUCGGAUGAUGUUUAUAUUCGAGUAUUAUAAAUUUAUAAAUAAAGGGUAGAUAUUAGCAUUCCAA